UCCUGUGACACGACUAGUUCCGCCUCAAGAAAGAGCUUUCUGCUCCUCCUUUUCUUACCAUAUUUUUAUAUCAGAAGGGGAAGUUAACUCGAAAGCUUUGCUUGUUACUGGAAGGAAAGUCAUACAGGAAUAUUGCAUAUGUUAAGCGCUGGGUAGCACGAAGAGGAAUACCUACAGCAAGCCUUGAGCGGCUGCAGCACUAACGGGUUCCGUAGAAGAGACCAGAGGUGUCACUCGCAAAACCCACUAUUUCUUCCUUGUCUGCGUUUAGAGAUAAGCAAUGACAUCAAGGAAAAAAGUGCUGCUUAAAGUCAUUAUUCUUGGAGAUUCAGGGGUAGGGAAGACUUCACUUAUGAACCAGUAUGUGAAUAAGAAGUUCAGCAACCAGUAUAAAGCCACAAUAGGAGCAGAUUUUCUAACAAAGGAGGUAAUGGUAGACGACAGGUUGGUCACAAUGCAGAUUUGGGAUACUGCAGGACAGGAACGAUUUCAGUCGCUUGGUGUGGCAUUCUACAGAGGAGCGGACUGUUGUGUGCUGGUAUUUGAUGUUACUUCACCAAACACAUUUAAAACCCUUGACAGCUGGCGGGAUGAGUUUCUUAUUCAGGCCAGUCCGAGGGAUCCAGAAAACUUCCCUUUUGUUGUGCUGGGAAACAAGAUAGACUUAGAAAACAGACAGGUUACAACAAAGCGAGCACAGGCAUGGUGUUGCAGCAAAAAUAAUAUUCCUUAUUUUGAAACCAGUGCAAAAGAAGCAAUUAAUGUUGAACAGGCUUUCCAAACAAUUGCACGAAAUGCACUUAAACAGCCUUAUAACUGA